AUGGACAGGGGCAAAGACGCCUGGCUCUUCUUGGCGGCCUGUUUUAUCAUCGAAGCGUUGAUCUGGGGAUUUAGCUUCGCCUUCGGUAUCUUCCAAGACUACUACAGCACGCACCCGCCCUUUGCAGGAUCCGGGAAUAUCGCUGUCAUCGGCACCUGCGCCAUGGGAGUCACCUAUAUCCUGGAGCCGCUGACCUUCGGCAUCCUGCUCACAUACCCCCGUCUGCGUCGACUAGCCAGCCCCGUCGGCUUCGUGAUCAUGUGUCUAGCACUAUCAUUGAGCUCGUUCUCUACGACAACCACGCACUUGAUCCUCUCGCAGGGCAUCUUCUACGGCCUCGGCGCUAACAUCGCCUACACGCCCACCAUCAUCUUCAUGGACGAGUGGUUCGCGCGAAGGAAGGGCCUCGCAUUCGGUAUCAUGUGGGCCGGAACCGGCCUCUCCGGCGUCAUCCUCCCCAUCGUCUUCCAAUGGCUCCUCAACAGCUACGGCUACCAAACGACCCUCCGCAUCUGGGCCCUCACGCUCUUCAUCCUCGGCGCACCCCUCCUCUACUUCAUCAAGCCCCGAAUCCCCAUCUCCUCCAGCCUGCGCCCGCGUCCCCUAAACUGGUCCUUCCUCAAGGAACGCUCCUUCGCCAUCUACCAACUUGGCAACACCCUCGAAGCCCUGGGCUACUUCCUCCCCACCAUCUAUCUCCCCUCGUACGCGCGCACUCUCGGUGCCUCGUCCCUCUACGCCUCCCUAACCGCCAUCCUCUUCAACGUGGGUACGGUCAUUGGGUGUGUGGCCAUGGGCUCCCUGGUCGACCGCUAUCACGCGACUACCUGUAUCCUGAUCUCAACGGUGGGUAGCACCCUCGCCGUCUUCGUCCUCUGGGGCGUAUCGAUGACCCUCCCACCGCUUUAUGUGUUCUGCAUCGCCUACGGGCUGUUCGCCGGGUCGUUUACGUCUACCUGGCCGGCUGUGUGGAUGGCGGUGAGGCGCCAUAAUGCGUUUGCGGACGCGGGGCUGGUGUUUGGGUUCUUGUGUGCUGGGAGGGGCGUGGGUAAUGUGCUUAGUGGGCCGUUGAGUGAGGCGUUGAUGAAGGUCGAUUGGAGGGGGGUUGGAGGGGCUUAUGCCGGGUCGUAUGGUUGUUUGGUGGUUUUUACGGGUGUGUCGGCGCUGUUGGGCGGUGUUAGUGUGUUGGGGAGGCCGUUGAAGUGGGUUUGA